UUUUUGCAUUACCUUGAAUCAAACAUUUAGCCAGUCGUGUUUUUCGUUUACUAAUUAAAUAACCUUUAGUCAUUUAUUAUCGCUUAUUAGGAAAAUAAUUUAUCUGUUUUUAUUGGUGUUUUCUGUUUUAGUCUAACCUCAAACUACGAUAGCCACUUUAGCUGAAGACGAAACCCGAUUUUUCGACACUUUCUUUGAAAGCAUUUAACUAAAAGCAUCUGGAACACACGCUCCCAUAUCACACAGGCAAUUAUCAACAUAAACGGACCAUUUCCACUGCGAAUAGUAUUUCAACAUGUACAAGAAGAGGUAUCAUAAGAAACACUUCACACAUUUGCAUGCUGUUCAAAACUACCAGGUGAACAAAGGAAAAUAUAAACAUUUUAAACGUUUCACGGUACGGAAAGAGCGAUGGUUCAUUCACGACCAAAAUUUUUUAAACAAAAAAUUAACAGAGGAAAGUAGCUACCCUCAUAGACCAACAACUACACAUGAUUUCCAAGAAGCAUUUUUUGAUGCUUUCUAUGAAAGUAAUGAAUUAAAGAAACCAAUUAUACGAGAUUUGUUCACUCAACAAAACCUCACUACAAGCAAGGAAACCCCCGAAAAUAUUAUGCCGAUCACCACAGACGAACGCCUUUUGGAGGGCACACCUGUAGAAGGGUCAUUUCCAAAGUGUGUGCGGGAAAGUGUAAAUGUAGAUAUAUAUUUACAACAAACAACAUUUGACAAUUCUUCAACCCCGAUUAUCAAUUCAGCGUUGCCUCAAUCCACAAUCGAGUUUCCUGCUUGGAUUCCAAAACAAACUUCUCGAAUCGCGAAUAACAUCAACAGUGCUGCUCUGGAACAUCCAUUGAAAAAUUUCGAUAACCAUUCAGCUGAUCCUUAUAUAAUUAUAGAUUUAAACGGGCUACCAAUAUCCAGUAAGGAGCUCGGGAAAAUCAUGCCGAUUUCAUAGCGAAAAGAAUUUAUCAACAUUUGAAAGGAGACGAUUUGUUGAUUGUAAGAGCUACAAACACAGGUUUGGUGUGGAAUCAGUUGUAAAAUUUGUCUCAUAGAAAAGGCGUCUAGGAAAGGUACUGAUUCCGUGAUGAAUGUUCAAUUUUGUGAUUUGAAGAAAACAUUUUUACGAGAUUUGACUAGAUUUGAAGUUUAUUGUUUAUGAAGUUUAUUAAAAAAUAGUUUAUUAAAUGCCAGCUGAUCUCGUUGAGAUUGAUUAUUUAAGGUAGAUACUUCUUACUUUUAAAUUAUAAGAAAAUAUGUGUAUGCAAGUAAAUUCGUUUGUGAAUCUUUUCCGUUGUUAAAAAUAAACAAAAUGUGCUAGCUUAUAAACAAUAACAUUAAAAUUUCUCAAAUUGAA